AUGUAUAUAAUAUUUAUUAGUUUAACAAAAAUAUGUUCAUCAUCUCUAGGUGAUAAUACUAUUGCAUAUGAAAGGUGUAUUAAAAAAUGUUACACUCAAUUUUCUUGUCCAAAAUUAGAAAAUGCUUAUAAAUGGAGUACAAAAGAUUGUUUUGAAUGUCGAUAUGAAUGUAUUUGGGAGGUUGCAAAUAUAUUUAAAAGUUAUGGUAAAGAAAUACCACAAUUUCAUGGUAAAUGGCCAUUUACAGCUAUACAUUUUGAAAUCCCCAUAUUAAAAAUAUUUUUCCUUAUUCAAGAACCAGCAUCUGUAUUAUUUUCUAUCUUAAAUUUAUUAUCAUGUUUCUAUUUAUACAAAUAUAUUAAAAAAAAUAUUGAUAGUAUGGAUCCAUUAAAAAAUGUUUGGUUAUUAUAUGGAAUUAUUGGAAUUAUCGCUUGGAUAUUAUCUUCAAUAUUUCAUUCUUUUGAUACAUGGCAAACUGAACUUUUAGAUUAUAGUGGAGCUUUUAUGGUAGUUUUAUUUCAAUUUUAUGGUGCUGUAUCUUUUCAAUUUUCAAAAAUAAUUCAAAAAAAUAAAAAUGUUAAAUUAUUAUGGCAACUUAUGUCAUUUUGUGCACUAUUAUUUGCUAUUGAUCACCUGUACAAAUUAGUUUACCUUAGAAAUUAUGGAUAUAAUAUGAAAGUUUGUCUAACAGUAUCAGCAUUAACAAUAACCCUCUAUAUAUAUUGGAUAAUUAAAAGUUUGAAUACUAAAUCAUAUGCUAUUCUAAAAGCUAGAAAGUAUCUAAUAAGUAUAUUACUUUUUGUUGGAAUUGGUAUACUUUUUGAGAUAUUUGAUUUUCCACCAAUCUAUAAUAUUUUUGAUGCCCACUCAAUUUUUCACCUCUUUACAAUCCCAAUACCAAUAUUACUGUCUAGAUUUAUUGUAUGUGUUUCCGAAUCACGACAAUACAUAUAUAAAGACUCAAAAGAUAUUUAA